AUGAAUUCAAUUCUAAAAUUAAACCAAAGAGGUUUAAUUUUAAAAUCAUCAACAUAUAUUUGUGCAAGUAAUGGAUCAUCAUCGACUAGUACAUCAAAUAAAUCUAUAAUUAGAGGAUAUGCUAAAAAGAAUUCAAUGGAUGAUGUAGAUACAAGACCAGAUACACAAAAGAUUCUAGAAAAGUUUGACAUUCCACGUAUUAUAGAUCUUGGUGACGAGGAACACGAUAUGUUGAAGCAUCUUAAAUGGGCACAAAAGCGUAUUUCGCAACGUGAAGCCAAGGAGCCAGCACGUGCUGCUAGCAAAUACAAGGACAACUACAAGAUGAUGGCAUCGGUCAUUAUCGAACGUUUCCCAUCACUCUUUCCCGAACCAACAGAAUACGAACAACAAUAUCUCGACGCUGAAAUGCGUCUUCAACAAUUUGUCAACCGUAAACCACUUCGUAUGAUUGACAUUUGCGAGGAUCUACCAGAGUUCCAAGUCGUCGACACCAAGGAAAAGAAAGACGAUCGAUCUGGCGAGGUUGACGACAGCGAAUUGGGUGAUCUCAAGGCAUCGGUCGAGAAACAAAAACGUGACAAACAAAUGCAAGAACAAGAGGAAGAAGAGGGUGAAUACGAAGAGGACUUUUCAAAGUUUGUACCAGAGAGUAGAGAAACAGACGCCGACAAAAAGAACGAUCGUCGUUCUCUUGAACGUAAAUUGGAUAAAUCACUCUACCUCAUUGUCAAACGUCCAAAUGGUGAAUGGCAAUUCCCAUCCACCAUCUGGAUCGAUGGUGAAUCAAUGAAAAAUGCUGCCGAACGUGCUCUCAGAGAUACUACCGGUGAAAACUGGACUUAUUGGAUUCCUUCUCAAGCUCCAGCUGGUGUUCAUAAAGUUAUCCUUGGUGAAAAAGAACAAUCUUCAUUACAAGCUGAAGGUGUAAAGAACUUUUUCUAUCGUUCACAUUACUUUAAGGGAGAAUUGGAUAUUAACAAAAAGUUUGCAACCGAUUAUCAUUGGAUUGCCAAAGAGGAAAUGAAGAAAUAUUUCUCUAAAAACUACUUUGAUCAAGCUCAUAAAUUAAUUUUCGAUGAUUGUUAUUACAAUUAUAUCAAUGAUUAA